AUGUACUCUUCUACUUUCGUUGCUGCCGCUCUCCUCGCCAUCGCCGCCGCUGAUGUUGGCGCCUCCAUCUCAGCCGUUCAGUCCAAUGUUGAGCUGCUCGACAGCCUUGUCAAGGGCUGGAGCUCUGCUGACGGUCUCCCCAAGGCCCUCAUCAUCCAGGAGUCUUUUGCUCCUCUGUCUGAGGCCGUCCUUGCUUUGCAGAGCGCCGUCCCCAGCUCCGUCUCUGCCUCUGAGGCUCAGACCCUGGUUGGUGAACUCAGCUCCCUGGUUGGCGCCAUUCAGGGCCUCCUCGGUGACUUGAGCUCCAAGGCCGCUGACUUCAACGCCGUCGGUGCUGGCAGCAUUGUUGGUGGUGACAUCAAGGCCCUUGUUGGCCCCUCUGGACAGAUUGCUUCCAGCGCUGUUUCUGCCAUCCCCUCCGAUGCUGAUUGCGCUGUCUACUCUUCUGCCACUGCGCUCGUCAACAACCUUGCUGGUGCUUUCAAGAGUGCUGCCGGUGCUUACAGCGUCGACGCCGGCUCCUUCCCCUCCGUGCCCUCUUGCCCCGGUGGUGGUUCCGGCUCCGGCUCUGCCGCUGCUUCUUCUGCUGCCCCUGCUAGCUCUGGUGCUGCUGCCUCCUCUGCUGCUCCUGCCAGCUCUGGUGCUGCUGCCUCCUCUGCUGCUGCCUCCUCCAACGGUACUGGCCCCGCUGUCGCCACCUCCACCCUCGUCUCCACUGUCUGCCCCACCUGCACUGAGGUCGCUCCCUCUAACGGUGCUGCCGGCAAGGCCAUGGGUCUUGGUGCCGCCGUCGCUGGUGUCGUUGCUAUGCUCCUUUAA